AUGCUGACACUAGUCACCAAAUCCGUCGAAUUUUUAAUUCAACAGCAAAGGCAAUUCAUGUCAUCUCAAAAUGAGAUUCCAUCUGCCCCACCAACAUCACGAAUUCUCCCCACUAGAUCACGACCAGACAGUCCAUCUCAAGGCAUUACUCCUCUUAGAUCCAUGGCCAUUGUCUUGUUUGAAAAUGCUGUAUUUUGCCCUGAUCUACAUGACUCACUACUCAAUCUACUGACCCCGUUAAGCCAAGAUUCUUCCAAUCUCAAUUCUCGCCGUCUUGCAAUAGUCUGUCUUGGUAAUAUGUGCGCAAAAUCAGGUGCAAAGUUCAUACCACUAUUGAGACAUGCUAGCGCUGCACUCAUAGCCAUAGUAGUAAAACAUUCGGUAGUUCCUUCACAGAUUCUCGCCCAAUCUUUGCGUAGUCUUUAUAUGAUUGUAAAUGAAAACAAGACUAUUUCAGGCGAAAUAGUAAAUCAGCUUGUUGCAAUUUUACCAUUAUUGAUCUUUCCUACUUUGUCGGAAUUUGCAGCUUGGAAAGCAAUAGGAACUAAAUCAGAUUCGUGGAGAAAACCACCUGAUUCUGAUUCAGAAAUAUCUGAUACAGAUACUACUGGGCCUCGAAAAUUCCAUCAAUCCAACACUAAACUAUGGAUGAAUGCACUGCAGCUUUUAUCGGCGUUUACCAAAUCGAACCCAAAACAAGUGUUUCCUCAAUUUGGCAGUAUCAUUUUUCCAGGAGGAAAUCUUGCCUCCAUCCCAUUGAUUGAUAUUAUUAUUUUUUCUCCAGAUCCAAAGCUACGAACUGCUGCGACUUCUACAAUUUGCACUCUUUUUGAAAGUUUGAAGCCAUUUUUUGCCAUAGCCUCUCACAGUGAAACAAAACCUGCUUCAUUUGCCUCACUUUCUCAACGAUUAGCUGAUCAGUUAUGUGCUUUCCAUAUAUCCUUGAUGACGCAUAUACUCGACAAGCAACAUGCCUCAACUCUAACUCUUUUGCUUCAAGUCCUUACAUCUUUGGUUCAAUGCACUUUAUACACUCGAUUAUCGCAAGACUUUCGAUCUGAAAUCGUCACUCGAAUUGGUGCACUUGUAUCACAUCAUGGUCAGUUUUUAUCGUUUAUACCAACUCAGUAUGCUAUCAAACGAGUUCAGCUAUUUACGCGUUUUGAUAUGAAUAUUGUACUCGUAGACUCUUCUGUGCAAGCACGUGCAUUGGAGUGUUAUUCAGCUGUGCUUAGCACAAUUCAAGAACCCAAUACAUGCGCAACUUCUCUCACCUGGAUAGAUACCAUUCCUGGGGUUCUUCAAAAAUGUUGUGACUAUGCAUCAUCAGAUCAAAUUGUUUUACGUAUUGCUGCUUUAGAGGGAUGUUGUGCUAUAGCAAGAUAUCAUCCACUUUCAUUUAGUCAGCAAUGGGAUUCUAUUCUAGUUGAUGUCCUUGAUAAAGCACGCAUGAAUACAGAUACGGCUACACGGCUUGCAGCUGCGAAAAUUUUAGAGCAGUUUGCAAAUAGCUGUAGUACAGGUGCACUUUGUGCCGAGAAUGUGCCAACUCAGUGGUGGAUAUAUAUAUCUACAAUUGUCACAGACUCGUUUAUUUUUGAUAGAAUGUUUGCUAUUCGUGCUAUGGGAUUGAAUAUCAUUGGACAAAUUCCCUUUGUUGAAUUGGGUAUUCUGAAUGCAGAGUUAUGCACCUUGUGCUGGAAAGGUGCCGAACAGCUUGUUGCUGAUGAUCAUUCCGACGUUCGAUCUGCAGCAUGGGGUGCAAUUGGUGUAUUAAUUGGACAAGUGAUCUUGACACAGAAUAUAAGUUGCUUGCAGCGUAUUGCUGACUUGAUUGUAACUGUAAGCAUUAAUGAAAGUAAUGUUGCAACUAAAGUGCGUGCCGCUUGGGCUUUGGGUAACCUGACCGAGAUGUGGCAAAAACUGGCUGAAUCAUACAAAAGUGAAACGAGUAGUUUAACCAAGAUGACAUGUGAACAAAUCGUGUUGCUUUUAAAAACGGCCAAUAGCUUUACAGGUGACAACGAAAAGUGUCGCGCAAAUGGUGUGAGGGCGAUCGGAAAUGUAGUUAAAUUGGCUUUGACUGAUCCAUUAUUGACCAGUCCGACAUUCUCGAGUCUACUGAGCGAGUCUACGCGACUGUCAAUCAAGGCAUCUCAGGGAGGAAGUUUCAAGGCUCGAUGGAGUGCAUGCUAUACACUCAGUAUCAUACUAUUACUGCCUGAUACAGCAGGGACACAUCAGCGGCAACGAGCAGAUAUAUUUACGGUACUGGCUAAAGCGGCAACAACAUGCACCAAUUUCAAGGUCAAGAUCAGUGCCAUCACAGCGAUGCAGUCUGCAAAUGCUUCUGAUAACGUGGUACACACUCUAUUUGACAGCCCUACACAAUCUACUUCUGUGAACAUAAACUCUUUAAUCAAAAACAACAUAGAUAUCUGUUUGGAUGCAAUCCAAAGUACGCUAGAUAUGAUGGAUGAAAAUGUCAACGAAGCCAAGUUUGGAGAGUUUAGAUAUACGGAUCAACUUAAGCAAGCAGCAAAAGCUACAACACAGCAUCUACUCCAUCUCCAGAAAUAG